CACUAAACUUUUGUUGAGAGAAGCGACAGAUCAACAUGGGCCGCGUGUGGUUCGGGUCGGAGCCAGAGCGUUAUGAUUGAAUGAUUUCAUUAGUAUUAGAAGACUUCAGCACAUCAAAGUUUUUACUCGGCAAGUGUUUGUUUGUGUGUAACGCGCUAGACAGUGUGUCAUUAUUUCUUCGGAUUAUAUUCCUCGCGACUGUGCUGUUUCCCCUCUAUUAUCUUGGAAUUACGAGCGUGAUCUUUACUGCUUGUUUAUAAAAUCUUGUUGAGAGUUCAGGACGCUCCUAGGCCCUAUCGUAGUGUGUCAUGGAUCGAUAGACUCAUAACAAACAGGCAGUGGGUUCCGCUUGUGUUGUGCAUGAGUCAGUACAGGAGUCAAUGAGCCUCGUGUGUCUCAAGGGUUGUUAUCCCCUUUGUUUUCAUUUGGGAUUAUCCCAAGCUGUGGCUUUUUUGUUAACAACGGUAGGAAAAAGGAAACUAAAAAGGAAAUGGCCAAGCUUCUUAACGACGGCGCAGUUUCUUUACUGUCAAAAGUGAAUGGUCUUUUCUUUCUUCUGUCUUUGGGUGUUUUUAUCCCUGGAGCAGCUGCAGAGAAAGGCCUCCAUGCUGCCCAAACGGUCGACGUCUGUCAAGACGUCCACCAGUUCCGAUGCGAGGACGGCCAGUCGAUAGCCAUCUCUGACGUCACUUGUGGAAGCGGGAGAUAUGCCUGCGAGCCGGACGCCAACAGGACGCUGUUUGACCUCUGCCAAGGUCAACAGGCGUGCACCAGCCUUGGCCUGGAUGCCAUGUUGGGCCGCUAUUGUCACAGCGGGAUCAGGGCGAGGGCAUCGAUCCGGGUUCAAUUCCAGUGCCUGUCUGGUCCCCCUCCUACAUCCUGUCGCUCCAACGUCUGUGAGGAGAACAGUUUGGGUCUGCGCUGUCCCAAAGAUCACGUACUGCACAUUCAGAAGAUGGCAUGCGCGGCCGGACGUGCGUCAUGCUCGCAGAGCAGUCGUGUGACGUUGUACACAUUGUGCGAGGGCUCCCAGCAUUGUGACGCCUCGGGACUCCGCUCAUUACUGGCCGAGCACUGCAUGGCCGCAGACAAGUCCAGCAGAAGUGUACUCGUCCACUACGUUUGUUUGCCAGGUCACCGGAGCUCCGUGUCGGUCUAGUGUCCUGGACUUCCAGUACUUCGAGUGUGGCAGCAAGCUGACCGCCCGCCAGUCGUUCUGUGAGGUGAUGGAUGCCCCUGAGGGACUGGCGUCGUGUGGGCCGGUGAGGAUCAUGAGCCAUGUGCCCGUAGGUGGAGCAACGCCCGACGACUUUGUCCUGUCUUAUCAAAGACUGAAGUCAGCCCAGUCCCCGCAGUCUCCCCCUCCCGCAGGCCUCCCAUCAUGCCCCGUGCCAGCUGCGAAAAACACGUCCACGUCAUCAUCUGUGUACUCAGGACGCACUGCCGGACAGAGCCCCACCACAGACGAGUCAUCAGGAGGAAUGAGCAGGGAACUGAAACUGAUGAUCCUGUACAUCUGUUUUGGAAUUGUCAUCCUUGGUCUGCUCAUUGCUCUCAUCGUUGUCAUUAUCAGCUACCGAAGGAUCUCGCGCAGAAAGAGUGUAUCUGACUCCAGUGAGAAGGCAGCCUUGUGGCGACGAGAUGACACCCCACUGGACACUUUCCCCAACAACAGCCUGGCUGAAGGCUCAGGAUCUCACACAUCCGAGACCACAUAUGCAUUUAAGAGCCCACAAGAUACAAACCAGGUUGUGGCUACCAUUCACAAUGACGCCAUUUUUGACUCGGAAGACCUAGACCACCGCACCAGCACAGGGAGUGGCAUCUCCACUUUCCUGUCCAACAAACGGGACAGCGACUUCCGAGACCUCAUCCACACCUUCCAGACGGGCACCUUUGACAUGUCCAGCUCAGUGGAGGACACAAAUGGACACUACCCCGAUCACAUGACUGGCAGCAGCCAUUAUGAAGGAACUGGGAGUGAACUCGGGGACAUCUACGAAGUAAUCGACCGAGUGCCGCCCGCCCAUACCACCACAGGCAGAGCCCUUGAGAAUGGCUACAGCAAUGGCUACGAUAAUGGCUAUGACAAUGGCUACCACAACCACCCUGGGGAUUCUCAAGACAUGCGUCCUUUGGUGAACCAGCGAGGCUCGCCCUGCGAUGACCUACACUACUGUAUCAAUAACGAUGAGUACGCCAUUGUGCAGAAAAAUCGCAAAACCCCACGGCCGGUCAGUAAUGCUCAUGUCAACAACGGCAGUGUGGUGGAGCCUGCUGUGCCAGAGUCGGACGGGGUGGUGGAUUUCAGGCCCACCUCAGGGCCUUACGACAAGAAGAGGAUGUCUAGUGCGAGUCAUCGGAGCUCACGGGGGGAUCGCUGGAGGGAUGAUGUAUGAAUAGACGACUGAGAAAGAUAUUGAAGAGAUGAUCUGUGAAUAGACUGAGAGAGAUGUUGAAGAGAUGAUCGGUGAAUAGACAACUGAGAAAGAUAUUGAAGAGAUAAUCUGUGAAUAGAGUGAGAGAGAUAUUGAAAAGACGAUGUAUGAAUAAACAGAGAGAGAUUAAAGAGGUGAUGAGUGAAUAGACUGAGAGAGAGAUUGAAGAGAUGAUGUCUGAAUAGAAUGAGAGAGAGACUGAAGAGAAAAUGUGUGAAUAGACAGAGCGACUGCUUAGUGUAAGACUCCGCCAUAUGUCAUUUUGAAAAGUGAAGUAUGACAGAGUCUGACACUUAGCAGUCGAGAGAGAGAGUUAUUGAUAGGGUGAUUUGUGCAGAAACGGAGAGAGUUAUUAAUUGGGUAGUGUGUGAAGAGACAGAGAGAGUUAUUAAUUGGAUGGUGUGUGAAGAGACAGAGAGAGAGUUAUUGAUGGGGUGAUGUAUGAAUAUAUAGAGAGCUUUUGUAAGAGAUGAUGUGUGAAUAAAUACAUUAACAGAGUUGUUGAAGAGUUGAUUAGUGUAUAAAUUAAAAAGGCUAUGAGUGGGAUGAUUUGACAAUAGUUUGAAAGGAGUGCAGGCUGCAUGAUUUGUAAAUAGACUGAGAGAACUGUGGAAGUGGAUGAUUUGAGAAUAGAUUGAAGGAACUUUGUGUGGAUGAUCUGUGAAUAGAUUAAGAAGAAAUGAGUGGCUGCUGAAUGAUUUAUGAAUGGAAUGAAAUGAAAUGUCUGUUGAGGGAAUUAUCAACAAGCUGCAAGUAUUUCCUUUGGGAUGCGUGAGGGAGGGAAUAACUGUCAAUGAAGAACUCUAUGAAAGUUCAGAUUAAUGUUUGCAUGUAGAAGUGAGUGCUGCAUGGGAGUCAGGGUUUUCAUUUGAAAAUGUUGAAGUGAAAGGCAAAGAUCACGAUGGAUCAGUUUGAGAUGAAGAGAUGGAGCAGGACAAAGGGGAUGAAUAAAGAAUGUCAUAGACGAAAAUAUGAGUAAAAACAAGGGAGUUAGAUAUAUUAUAUGAAAAA